UCUUAGUUCCAUCAAUAUGGCUAUGACUAUGGUUUUUAAACACUCUCUUCCGCUGGCAAUGCUCGUCUUCCUCGUAGGCCUGCUGCCUCUUACCGAGCCAGCAGAGGUUGAUGAUGAUUGUCCCCCACAUGACUUUAACAAGAGUUAUUUUCCACAAGACUUCAUUUUUGGGACAGCCUCUUCUGCUUAUCAGAUCGAAGGUGGAACAAAUCAGGCAGAAACGGGCAGAGGACCUAGUGUCUGGGACACAUAUGCUCAUGAAAGUCCUGACAGAAUAAAGGACGGCAAAAAUGGAGACGUUGCAGUUGAUUUCUUUCAUCGCUACAAAGAAGAUAUACAAAAUGUGAAGAAUAUGGGUUUCAAAGCUUUCAGAAUGUCUAUCUCAUGGUCUAGAAUUGUACCAACUGGAAGCGUAGAGGACGGAUUGAACGAGCAAGGACUUGCCUUUUAUGAAGCUGUUAUCGAUGAAAUUAAAAAAAAUGAAUUAGAACCUUUUGUUACUAUCUUUCAUUGGGAUACUCCUCAAGCCUUAGAAGACAAAUAUGGUGGCUUUUUAAGCCGUUCCAUUGUGAAUGAUUAUGCGGAUUAUGCGUAUAUUCUCUUUGAGAGAUUUCACGAAAAAGUGAAGUAUUGGAUGACUUUCAAUGAACCAUGGGCUCUUAGUGGAUUUUCAUAUGAUUUGGGAGUUUUUGCACCUGGUCGAUGUUCAUAUUGGGUGAAUCGUAAAUGUCGCGUUGGAGACUCGGCCACUGAACCUUAUAUAGUUGCACACCAUAUACUCCUUGCUCAUGCUAAAGCUGUAAAGUUAUAUAGAAAGUUUUUUCAGGAAAAAGAAAAAGAAGAAGAAAAACGUGGAAAAAUUGGAAUAACACUCUUUACUUUUUGGUUUGAACCUCUCUCUAAUAGACAAGUUGAUGUCGAUGCACAAAAAACAGCGCUUGAUUUUAUGUUUGGAUUGUGGAUGGACCCUCUAACUUAUGGUCGAUAUCCAAGACGUGUCCAAGAAUUAGUUGGAGAUAGAUUGCCCAAAUUUAGCAACAAUGAUAUUGAGUUGCUUAAAAAAUCAUAUGAUUUUAUUGGAUUGCAAUACUACACUGCACGUUAUGCAAAUCCAAAUGCUCAUAUUGAUCCACGGUUUACUAGAUACGAAACUGAUAGUCGUGUCAAUAUUACCGUAUAUGAUUAUAAUGGGAAUCUCAUUGGUCCAAAGGCAUAUUCAGAUUGGUUUUAUAUUUUUCCGAAAGGUAUUCGCGCACUUUUAAAAUAUACCAAAGAAGAAUAUGAUAAUCCACUCAUUUACGUUACUGAGAACGGAGUUGACAAUAAGAAUGAUGAAAAUGAACCCAUUGAAGAAGCAGUUAAAGAUACAUUCAGAAUAGAGUAUUAUAAACAACAUAUGUGGAAUGUGCAAAAAUCAAUCGAGGUUGACAAAGUUAAUGUCCAAGGUUAUUUUGCAUGGUCAUACAUAGAUAACUUCGAAUGGAACUUGGGUUAUACUUCGAGAUUUGGUUUAUACCAUGUAAACUAUGCAGAUAACCUGAAAAGAACAGCCAAAGAUUCAGCUAUUUGGUUCUGCAGAUUCAUUAAUUACAAGGAUUCAGAGCCAUGUAAAAACCUGCGUCCAGAAGAAAAUAUCCCACAGGUUACUUUAAGCAACAUCAUCGAGAACACUUCAAUGAAAGCAAGGAAGCUUGGCAAAUACUACAUGUAAUGUGAAGAUGCCAUAUCGAUCUGUGUAACUUUCGAGUUUCUUGCAGUUAAAUAAUAUCACUGGACUACUGCUUAACUCCAGUGAGCUUACUUGUGUUGUAAUAAAGUUGUUGAAAAUGCAGUCUCCCUUGCGGAUUCCAUGCCUUACUGUAUUGCUGUUCUAUCUUUGAAAUAAAAGCUGUUGUCCUUUUGUGUUUAAA